GAUCCAAUAACAAGUGAAGUAAAACUCCUUGGGUGCUGAAGAGAGUUGGGAAUGGCGAUGCAUUUGCUCCGCCGCGUCGCUCCGCGCUCCUUCUGUUCUUCUUCAUUUUCUCAAUCUCCUCCGACCAAUUCCAAACUCUUCGUCGGAGGACUGUCUUGGUCGGUGGACGAGAAGUCUCUCAAAGACGCUUUCUCCUCUUUUGGACAAGUCACUGAAGUGAGGAUAUUGUAUGAUAAGAACUCUGGGAGGUCAAGAGGCUUCGGGUUCAUAAACUUUUCCACAGACCAGGAAGCUAAACAUGCCAAAGAUGCUAUGGAUGGAAAGGCAUUUCUGGGCCGGCCUCUAAGGAUAAGCUAUGCUCUUGAAAGAGUCAGGGGCGCACCCGUUGUAGUUCCUCGUCUUUCCUCAACCGAAGAAUCCAGCAAUUGACCACUUACGACACAAAUCUUCCAAAGAAUCCUCUUGCAACUGUGAUUCCUAUUGAUAGGUUUUCUUUUUCUUUCAGAAGAUUUUAGUGGCGGUGAUACUCUAUUCAGUUCUUAUGACCUUGCAAGGAUAAUGUGUGUUAUUAUAUGUUUAUCUGUUUACGGUACUUUCCCAGUUCUUGCAGUGAGAAAUUGUGUUACAGACUGUAAUUUUAAGUUGAGGUCACCGAACCUCUAGUGUUUGUAUAUGGGUCAAAUAAAACAUGGUCAUAAGUGGCUUUUUAUGUGUUGC